ACCGAGCCAACGAGCUCAAGCUCUUGCAGUAAAUCAACCACCAGCACCAGGCUCUUCAUCAACCCGGGUGAUUUAAUUCCUAAUAAUUUUGGUCAAUCCGACAUUUCUGUCUUGAUUAAUCUUUGUCAAUUGACCAGUGUCCUCUUAUCUCUGUUCCUGACUAUUCCGUGAGAACCAGUGGCUCCACAGCAUGGCUUCUUGAACCAUCAUGAUCAAAUCUGGUGCUCAUGUACACAUGUCGAUCUAGACACCUUUCAGAUACAACUUGCAAUACCUCUUCGCUCCGCAGGCACGGUUCUGAAUUCCCAACUAGUCCCGCUAAGGGCCAUCGCGACGGUCCCCUGAUUCUUAUUGCUACCCAAGUUCGGCACCUAACCAUUGCUGACAAUGUCUCAAAAUUUUGAGAAAUCCGUGAAAGGGGCUACCAAGGUCAAGCUUGCAGCUCCUAAAUCGAAAUACAUCGAACACAUCCUGGUUGCGACCCAUACGGGCGAGGCUGGCGUUGCAGAGAUAUUCCGGACACUGCAACUUCGACUGCGCGAUUCAACAUGGACGAUUGUGUUCAAGGCGCUAAUUGUCGUCCAUCUUAUGAUACGAGAGGGGCAAUUGGAUGCCACUUUACAAUACAUGGCGGAGAACCCGACCAAGUUAGCAAUCAGCGGAUACUCGGAAGUACAAUCACAAGGGCAUAACAUCCGAAGAUAUGCCGAUUACCUUAUGGCGCGCGCAAAAGCGUUCGAAGCUACAAAGACAGACUACGUUCGGAGCGGACAAGGACGGAUGAAGCGAUUGACAGUCGAAAAGGGUCUCCUGAGGGAAACAGAGAUUGUUCAGAAGCAGAUCAAGGCUUUGUUACGCUGCGACCUUCUGACAGAUGAAGUGGAGAAUGAAAUCACACUUACGGCCUUCCGUUUGCUUACAUUGGAUCUCCUGACUCUAUACUCGGUCAUGAACGAGGGUACAAUAAAUGUCCUAGAGCAUUAUUUUGAAAUGUCGAGGCCGGACAGCGAGCGCGCUCUAGAGAUCUACAAAACCUUCACCGCGCAAACGGAGGAGGUUGUGAAGUUCCUGGGUGUCGCUAGGCACUUUCAAUCUGCAACCAGAUUAGAAAUACCCAAACUUAAACACGCUUCGACGGACUUGACGCGCCUUCUCGAGGAUGAUCUCAAUGAUCCGGAUUUCAACCUUCGCCGAAGGGAGUACCUGGCUCGCAAAGGCGCAAACAAUGGUGGAGCAAACACUGCGUUGAAGUCCGGUAUUACUGGGGGCCCUCAGGAUACCAGUAAUAUGGGUUCCGCCCCGAGCCGCCCACAAACAGAACCGAACCCGCAGAAGAAAACAAAUCCUGCGGACUUGAUUGACUUCUUUGAACCUAUCGAACCCAAUCCGCAGCCUACAGCACAACCAACAACUUUCCAGCAACCGUACCAAGCCCAGCAGCAACAGCAAGCCAUGUCGUUCCAGCCAACUGGCUUCCAACCGCAGCAGACGGGGUUCUAUACCCAGCAGACGGGUUUCCAGCAACAGCCCCAAGGGACCCCUUUUGGUCAGCCAUCCGGCUUUGGAGAGCCCUUUCCUCAGCAGAAUAAUAGCCAAUUUGGACAAGCGCAAGUCCCGCAACCACUCCAGUCUACCCCAACCGGGGCUGGGUUCGGCGGCUACUCAGCACAGCCGCAGACAUAUGGAUUCCAAACCCAUCUUAGCCCCAUACCGCAAAGCGGUGUUGCGUCAUUUUCUCAGCAGCAACAACCCGCACCGGGUGUUCAGCAGCAACCGCAACAACAAUCAACCAAUCCUUUCAGGCAGUCAAUGUUGAUGAGCACACCAACAGGGACUGCUGUGCCGGCAUCUCCGUUGAGCCGCCAAAACACGAACCCUUUUGCCAGACGCCUAUCGACGGUGAAUCCACAAUUCACUUCAGGACCUACUGAGGCGACUCCUCAGAGUCCAGCGCAGCAACCACUUCAGCCUCACCGAACAGGGACCAAUCCCUUUGCUCGGAGCUCCUCUGUUCCUCCCCAGCAGAGCCAAGGGCUGCAGCCUCCAGCCGCAGCACCCUUACGACCGAACCCAACUGGAAGCACGAAUCCCUUCCGACAGAGUGCCUUUGUGAACCAACAAACCGGCCAGGGCUGGCAUAUCGGUGGUCAACAGGGUACCAUGGGGGACUCGAACAGCUGGAAACACUGCCAGUCUUUCCAAGGCCCGGGAUGGCCUAGCAUAACAGGUUAUCCACAUACAUAGUCACCGGAAGUGAAGUCUCGAUGGCUGACCGGGACAUAGCGUAUCUUAUCAUUUGUUCCUGUGUCUUUAUGCGUCCGUCUUUAUGCGUCCGUCUUUCUGCUGAUUACCAUAUACCUGUAUUUCUUGUCCGCAUUGUCACCGUGCAUCAAGACUUCUGGCGUUUGUAUCCUUGAGCGAGUCCGCAGCGCGGGCGCAUUUUCUCGUUAAGACAAGCAGCGCAUAGCAAAUAAUUGAGGAUGAUAUAUAUAAGUUGUGUUGG